AUGACCAGGGCGAUCGAUGCAGCCGCCACGGAGCCGCUGCUGCCUGCCCGGCUGUCUAGUGGGCGCGGCGGCAGCAGCGGCGGCGGCGGCGGCGGCGGCACCACCGCCAGACGAGGCGAGGUCCAAGUCAAGCCGGCCCCAGCCACCUCCAACCUUCACUUCCUGCGUCGCUUCCGAGCGCUGCUGCGGCUGCUGCGCCCCUACCCGGCGCUCAUCCUCUCGCUGCUGGCCGUGGCAGAGGCGGUCGUAGUGGCAGAAGUGGGCAAGGUGGCGGGCUCUUUCUACCUGAUUGUGGUGGAUGGCCAGCCCUCCAAGUUUGCAGCAGCCAUGCUGCACGCGGCGGCGCUGUACGCAGCCUCCACCGCCCUCUACGCCGCCGCCACCUGGGUGACAGAGAACUUGGCUCUGCACUGGCGGCAGCGCCUCACCGCCCACCUGCACCACUGCUACUGCCACCACCAGCACGCCUACUAUCGCCUGCAGCAGGGCCAGGCCCAGCAGGCGGCGCCGGGGCAGGAGCCGCACCCGGCGCAGCAGCCGGCGUGGGGCCAGGAGGCUCACCAGGAUGGGCACCAGCAGCAGGAUGCCGGCAACAAGCAGCGGCAGAGCGGGCAGGGGCAGCAGCAGGUUGACAACCCAGACCAGCGCAUCGCCUCUGACGCCGGGGAGCUGUGCGAGUGCCUGUCGGCGGUGGCGCGGGUGGCGGCGGCCGCACCCUUCAAGCUUCUGUACUACAGCUGGCUGACGGGAGGCUACCUGGGCUGGCGUGGCCUGGCCGCUGUCUACGCCUUCUUCUGGCUGGCGGCGGUGGUGCAGCGGCUGGCGGUUUCGCCGGUGGCGCGCCUGGUCUUUGCUCAGGAGCGGCGGGAGGGCGACCUGCGGUAUGCGCACGUGCGCCUGCGGCAGUACGCUGCUGAGGUGGCGCAGUACCGCGCCGCGCACGCUGAGCGGCGCCACCUGGAUGCCACGCUGGCGGCGGCACUUUCCAACCAGGCGAGUGGUGGCGGGCGGCUGCUGGUGAGCUGGCGCGCUGCGCUGGCCGGGGCCACCCGCGCCGUCGACUAUGCCGGAGCCAUGCUCAACUACUGUGUGGUGGGGGCGGCCGUGUUUGCGGGCAUGCUGUCCAAGCUGGGUGGCCUCACGGCCCGUGUGGGGCAGCUGCUGGAGGCGCUGCCAGGCGGCGCCAAGGGCGUCGGCGGCGGCAGCGGCGAGCUGGAUGGCGGCGGCGUGCACGAUGUGCACGACGUGCACGCUGUGCGCCUGUCCAUGGAUGGCGGCGCCCACGAGCUGCGGCCCUCCCGCUUUGCCACCCUGCUGCAGCCGCCGCGACUCUACAGGCACGUGCCUGCCUGUCCCGGCAGCACACGUGCCUGCCUGGCCUCCGGUGACGUGCCGCCCGCUGCCCUGCUCGCUGCGGUCUGCCUGGGCGGCUCGGUGGUGCUGGAGGCAUCCACACACCGCCUGGGCCCCGACCUGCAGCGAGAGGCCCGAGCCAUCUUUCCCGACGCUCCCGCCACCGGCCAGCUGCUGGCUUGUAUCACCUUCCAGCACGCGGCGGGCGGCGCCAGCCUGGCGCCCGACAGCAGCAGCGCGACGCUGGAGCGCGCGGCGGCGGAGAUGGACCGGCUGCUGGACGCCUUCCUGCGCUGGGAGGCGGGGGUCAGCGCCGCGCUGGCUGCCGCGGGCCGCUGGUGCGACGCCGUGGACCCUCGCAGCGGCACCGCGCUGCACGGCAGGCGCGGCGCGCGGUGGAGCGAGGUGGCGGCCGCACACGCGCUGCUGGGUUACGAGCGGCGCGAUGCAGGCAUAUGUCCGGUGGUGCUGCACCCCCGCCACGGCAGCAGCGCCUACCCAGCCACCCUGUUCACCGAUGCGCCGCCGGCUGAGCUGGAGCGUGCUCUGGCGGCCGUCAGCGACCAGCCUGCCCAGCUGGCCGCCUGGGCGGCAGCGGGUGGAGGGCCCACCGCUGAUGCCGGCGGCGGCCAGGCCUGGGCCGCGGCAGACGGCGGCAGCACGGUCGCCGCGCCGCUGCUCAGCCUGCACGGGGUUGCGGUGCGGACGCCAGCCGGCGCGCUGGCGGCGGCGGGCUUGAGCCUGGAGCUGCUGCCGGGCCAGCAUCUGCUCAUCGCAGGCCCCAACGGCUGCGGCAAGAGCACGCUGGUCAAGGCCCUGUGCGGGCUUCACCCGCUGGAAGGCGGCAGCGUGCUGGUGGCGGGCCGUGCCCCGCCGGUGUCGCCCGGCGGCGGCACCGCCUCGCCUGGCGCCUCCAGCGACGACGACGACGACAGCGCGGCGCAGGGAGGCGCCGGGCGGGGCCAGGGCGUGAUGUUUGUGCCGCAGCGCCCGCUGGCGGCGCCGGGCGGUGCGCUGUGGCAGCAGAUCUGCUACCCUGCUGACGGUGGUGACCGCAGCGGCGGCGGUGGCGGCGGCGGCGGCGGCGGCUGUGAGGGGCAGGCGGCCGCGGACGAGGAGCUGCUAGUCCUGCUGCAGCGGGUGGGGCUGCAGUACCUGCUGGACCGGGUGGGAGACAGCUUCCAGGCGGCCGCUGACUGGGCCGCCAUGCUGUCCCCCGGCGAGCUGCAGCGCCUCGCGGUGGCGCGGGUGCUGCACAGGCGCCCCGCGCUGGCGGUACUGGAUGAGCUGACCUCCGCCGUCAGCGAGGAGGCGGCGGCGCGGCUGUAUGGGCAGCUGCACGCUGAAGGGAUUACUUGUGUGAGGUAG